UGGAUUUCAUUAUAGAUCCAGAACUCACCAUGGUGGAGUUCCUGGUCUGAUGGGGUUGUGAAAAUACUGCUAGUUUUCUAAUGUCCUUGGACAACAGCAUGCUUCCAGAGUAGGUAGGAUUCAGAGCUGGAAUUUUUCCCCUAUUGAAUUAAACUAAUUAUUUCAUAGUUCUGUACUUGCUUCUCAUGAAACGGAGUUAGUUCACUUGCUCUAAAAUGGUUAAGGUAUGCAUAUUUAAAAAGCUAUUGUCUUUGCUCUGCAAAUAACACCAUGAAAGAUUUUUUUGCACUCAAACCUACCACAAGAGGUAGCUGAACUUCAGCAUGGGGCUUGUGUUUGUAUUAAUACACCUACGUUUUGACUCUUCAGUGUUUUAGGCUUAUUCUUUGGAUACAGUUGAAAAGCAAACUUUCUCCAUGUAUAUACAUGAUCUCAAAUACUUCCAUGUGAGUUGAGUUUCUUAUUGUAGAAAAAGAACUAUAAAACAGACUCAAAAGGGCACUUAGACAAGCAGCCUGAGGAGUAGGGAGGGCUGGGGUGUGAGUGAAAAUGGGAGCAUAUGCCUUUCGUUACUGAGUUGGAGCUAUUUUGUCAAGGAUGGACAUUAUAAAGUUAUUUGGUGCCAACCAAGCCGAGCAGCAUAACUAGGGCAGGUGGGCUGAGCUGUUGUAGUUGCAUGGUUUUUUAUUAGGGGGUGAAAAAAGGAAACAGAAGGGUAAAGUAGUUCCUAAGACAGGUACCCUUAAGGCCAUGCUUGCUGGAGUCAAUUGUUCUGCCUGUUACAAGUAUUCCUUGCUGGCUUUAUUUUCACUUCCUUCCCUAAUUUUAGAUGGCUGUCUAAAAUCCAUUUGCCAUCACCAGGAGUAACGUGGGUGCCAGCACAUGGAGGCUGGGCUGUGCACUGUGCGGGAAGGCGGGUCUGGCGCAGGGAAGUGCUUUGCUGCCCUCCCCGAGCAGAGCCCGGAAACACUUCCCUGGGGCUAGAGUUCUUCUGGGUCAAAGCUCUUCAGUUCCUCCUUAAUUCAUUUUGCUUCUCGCAAGGCAUCUGUCCCUGAUGUUGCCUGGCUUUGCUCCCUGGAAAAUGCGGCUAGCUCUUACUUUUUGCUGCUGUGUGCUAGGCAGCAGCCAUGCUCUGCAAGCUUUUGGAAAGGAUGCGAACAUGGUGCAGCUGCCUGGUGGGAAGUUUCAAAUGGGAUCCAGUUCCCUGGAGAAUAAAAAUGGAGAAGGGCCUGUCAGGGAGGUGACUGUGAAGUCAUUUGCUAUUGACAAAUACCCCAUCACAAACAGGGAUUUCAGGGAGUUUGUUAGAGAAAAGAAAUACAAAACAGAAGCAGAAGCAUUUGGCUGGAGCUUUGUCUUUGAGGAUUUCGUAUCUGAAGAGCUGAAAAAAAAAGUCACCCAAAAACUGGAGUCUGCACCUUGGUGGCUGCCUAUAGACAAGGCUUUUUGGCGACAGCCCUCAGGUCCUGGCUCCGGUAUAAAAGACAGGCUCGAUUACCCAGUGUUGCAUGUGAGCUGGAAUGAUGCACAGGCGUUUUGCAAGUGGAAAGGGAAGAGGCUUCCCACCGAGGAGGAGUGGGAAUUUGCUGCUAGGGGAGGCCUAGAGCAAAGAAUAUAUCCCUGGGGAAAUAAGUUUCAGCCAAACCGUACAAACCUGUGGCAGGGCAGUUUCCCGAGGGUUGAUACAGCUGAAGAUGGUUAUCAUGGUGUUUCACCAGUGACAGCGUUCUCUCCUCAAAACAACUAUGGGCUUUAUGAUCUGCUAGGAAACACUUGGGAGUGGACUGCAUCAGAAUACCUAACUCGUGGGCUUUCAUCAAGGCAGCGUGCUCAGAAAAUGCAUGUCUUAAGAGGUGCCUCUUGGAUUGACACUGCAGAUGGAUCUGCGAAUCAUAAAGCUUGUGUUACUACAAGAAUGGGGAACACACCAGAUUCAGCCUCUGAUAACCUCAGUUUCCGCUGUGCUGCUGACAUACAGAAUCACAAAGCUAAGAAAAGUGGGACCAAAACUGAGCUCUGAGUAGGUCACUUGGAAAGACCUGGAGGCAUUUUUUUUCUCCUGUGGAGAUGAACAGUAAUUCCAGCAGUCAAACUUCCAUUAAACUUGCCAGUUUUAAAAAUUGAAAAUAAAUACUUUCAGCUAAAACUCA